ACAGUAGGUGGCGGCAUGCGCGAAAACGAUUGUUCUGCGGACCGCUAUGAUAUAAUAGAAGCAGAAGAAGAAGAAGGCCAUAACAGCAAUAGCUGAAAUGCGGAACAGUACAGAAGCAGCCAUCUGAAAAACAUGAAUUUAUCGAGACGAAUUGGUCAAAUUGAAUAAGACUGGGAAAGCAAGCAUGAAAAUGUUUUGCCCUGGGAAAGAAAACCGAUUGACUGAACAAAGGAAAGUCUCUGCCUCCCAUGUGGGAAAACUCCGCAAUAAGUUAAAAGCCAUCCUGAAGAAAAAGUACCAAAGUCCACCAGGGGGAGAAACUGAGCAUCCAUUUUAUAUACAUUGUGAUCUCCAGUAUCCACCUGGUGAAAGUAGCAAGGAGAACCAACAUGAGUACAUUCUAUCUGAGCCAGGCUACAGGAGAAGACAUCAAGGAACAUGUUCAUUCCGAAACUCAGAAGUCGAUGAGCCUAUCAGAACAGCUCUGACAAAGGGCGUCUCUGGUAUUGGCAAAACUAGCCAGGUGCGGAUGAUGAUUCUUAACUGGGCAGAGGGAAGAGGAAACCAGGAAGUUCAACUAAUAUUUCCCUUCCUUUCCGAGAGCUGAAUUUGCUGAAGGAGAGACUGAGUCUGAUUGAACUUCUUUACGAGUUUUUCCCAGAAUUGAAAGAACCUGGAAUUUGCAACUUGGAGAACUGCAGAGUUGGGUUCUUCUUUGACGGGCUGGAUGAAUUCCGUCGUCCUCUCGACUUCAAGAACAGCCUGAUUGUGACCAAUGUCACCGAGGUUUCCUCUGUGCCGACACUGCUGACAAACCUCAUUAACGGUAACCUUCUUCCCUCCGCCGCUCACAUAUGGAUUACAUCCAGACCUGCGGCAGUCCAUCGCAUCCCUCUUCAGUACAUCAACGAAGUGACCGAAAUCGAAGGCUUCACCGACUCCCAGAAAGAGGAGUUCUUCAGGAGAGCAAUCCAUGACAAGAACCAGGCCAAAGCAGUUAUCACCUACUUGAAGAACUCGAAGGGCCUCUACAACUUGUGCCAGAUACCUUUUAUCUGUUCAAUCUCAGCGUCAAUCCUCGAGAAACAGACAUAUGUGCCCGACAAAACAUGCGAACCUGUCGCACUAACUCCAUUAUUUAACGACCUACUCCUCCUGUUACAAAUGGCGAACCACAAUGUAAAGAUAGUUAACGAAUUGGGGGAACUAGCCUUGAAGCAGUUGGUGAAAGGCAACACGGUUUUCUACGAGGAAGACCUACGAGAGUGCAACAUUGAUGCCCGAGUGGCAGCUGUGUACGCAAAAGGGUACAUACCCAUCUUCAGGGAGGAUAUUGGGCUGCACCAACAGAAGAUCUACUACUUUGGGCAUACCACCAUUCAGGAGUUCUUUGGCGCAUUGCGGUUUCUUCAAUCUGUUGACGUCCAAGAUGAAAACCGGGCUGUCAACCAGAAAACCCAGUUCGAGAGAACUCUCUGGUUUUUUAGAGAUGCCACCCAACUCAAGAGCGCGGUGGACAUGACUUUGCGGAGCAAGACCGGACACAUGGACCUCUUCCUUCGCUUCCUCCUCGGCAUUGCUCAGAACUUUAACCAGAUGUUCUCCGAGGCUGGCUUCACCUCAUCUACUACCCUUCCGGAAAUGUUAGUGUACAUCAAGGAGAAGGUCUUGGAGAAUCCCGCUUCGCCGAGGACCCUCAACCUGCUGAACUGCCUGAGGGAACUGAAAGACUAUUCUCUAGACAACGAUAGUGUGCACUUUCUCAAGACUGGAAUCCCCCCAGAUGCCAAAUAUCCACCUUCACAUUGGUCCGACCUGGCCUCUCUCUUAGUGGCAUCGGAGUCUGGGCCGAUAGACAUGCUUGGGUUGGAUGUAGAGAACAGAGGAGACGAGGAACUUCUGAGGAUGCUGCCAGUGAUCAAAGCUUCCCAGACAGCCACACUGUCGUAUCACAACCUGACUGAGAAAUCCUGUGAAUGUCUGGGCUCGGCGCUCACCUCAAAGGUGUCCAAUCUGAAAACUCUGGACCUGAGUUUCAACACGCUGAAGGACUGCGGAGUGCAGCUGUUGGCGGCCGGCUUGACCAAGCCACACUGCCGACUGGAGAGACUGAAACUGUCCGGCUGCAGGGUGAAACAGAAUGGCUUUGCAGCUCUGGCCAAAGCUCUCAAAUCCAACCCGUCGCACCUGCGAGAGCUGGAUCUGAGCGGCAACGAACCGGGAGAAUCGGGGGUGUUUCAUCUCGUUGACGGACUGAAGGUUGUUAAGUGCGAACUGCACAUCCUGAAGCUCUCAAACUGCAAGCUGGGCCUGGAGCUGUGUCGAGCUCUGGCGGUGUUGCUGAUAAACAACCCCAGACACCUGCGAGAGCUGGACGUCAGCAUGAACGACCUGGGAGACCGGGGGGUGAAGCUGCUCAUGGACACACUGAAGUCAACCCAGAUAUACAAACUGGAGUUGUACUGUUGUCAGCUCACUGAGAAAUGCUGUGAGAACAUGUUUAGGUGUCUGGUGAACAUCCCCAGUCUGAGGGAGCUCAACCUGAGCAACAACAACCUGAAGGACGAGGGGGUCAAGAUGCUCUGCAACGCCUUCGGACUGCCCGCCUGUCAACUGGAGAAACUCAAUCUGGCGAGCUGUGGUUUCACGUCUGGAGGCUGUCGCUGUCUGGUUGGAGGCUUCAGUUUCAGCCCCACCUUCCUCAAACAGCUGGAUAUCAGCAGGAACCACCUGGGCCACUCAGAUGUCGCAUUUGUCCUGUUCCUCAAAACUAUACGCUUUUCACUGGAGACCCUACGACUGAGUGACUGUAAGAUGACAGAGCUAUGCUGUCCAGAGCUGGUCGAAGCUCUCCGCUCCAGUCUCACCAACCUGAAAGAGCUGGAUCUAUCUGGAAACGAACUGGGAGACAUCGGUGUGAAAACACUCUGCAUGGGACUGACCUCAACAACCUGUAAACUGGAGAGACUGUUUCUGAGAUGCUGUGGGAUCACAGUAAAGGGCUGCUCCUCCCUAGCAUUAGCCCUGAAGUCCAGCCGCUCCAGCAUCACAGAACUAGGCCUGAUGGGAAAUGACACGGGAGAAGAAGGACUGAGAAUUCUCUCCGGCAUCAGGGAUGACCCACGCUACAAUCUACAGACUCUAGAGAUAAACGAUUGAGUGGCCUUGCUCGCUGGAUGGAGGUGGUUCUUGGCUCGACCUCUUCCCAAAUCUGGAGUGAAGUUACUGAACGAGGAACACUCUGGAGUGAAGAUACGAAACGAUUGGCUGACAAGUCUCGACACACUAG